AUGCGUGAGGAUCAAGUCGUUAGUGGACUCAAGUUUCUUCAGCAUCCAAGCGUUCAAUCAACGCCAAUAUCAGAGCGUAUGACGUUUCUAGAAGGAAAAGGAAUGACUAAAGAAGAGAUACAAGAAGCGAUUGAACGCUAUCAUAAUGGUAAGAAAGAAGAGUCCUCUACGGAUCAAGCGACACUGCAAACGCAACAACAACAACCAUAUAAUCCGACCAUGAUGAUGACGCCAUCUACGUCCAUGCCUCCAAUGAUGCAUCAUCGAGCACGAUAUCCUCCUGCCUACGUUCGAGUGCUUUAUACAGUGUCAUCGCUUGUUGGUGCGGCUUCAAUCCUCACGUUUAUAUGGAACUACGCAGUGCAAUUGGGAUACAUCCCGUGGCUACGACCAAUGCCGUCUCUAAUUGAAGCAGCCAAAGCGCAGGAGGAAAAAGAAAAGGAAGACAAGAAAGAUGAAGCACUGCUUGCAGAGCUGUCAGGUAUAUCAGCUGCUAUUGAGAAACAGACGAAAGAAUUAGCCAAGUUAAGCUCGUCGUUGGACGCAAAAGAGCGUGAGUGGCAGAACAAGACAAUGCUGAGUGCCCAAAUUUCCAGCUCAAUUGCGGAGCAGGGCAAUGCGCAAUCCAUAGCUGAGCUGAAGGCUGAAAUAUCAACGCUUAAGGCUCUUUUGCUUGCAAAGAAGACGUUGGGUGGGAGUGACUCGGAUUCAAUUGACACGGGGAAAAAUGGUGGAGAUGGAAAGACAGUGAGUGUUCUAACGACUGAGAAGAAAACUCUCUCAACAGCGACAGAUACACACCCUGCAGUGGUCUCACAGGUGAUGUCCACGGCCGAGCGUAUGCAGAAAGCAUUAAAGAUGCUACGAACUGAGAACUCGCUGGAACAGCUCAAGUUGGCAGCAGGCAUCCUCAGUAUGUACGUCAAGAAUCUAAUCGAGAACCCCGAUGUACCCCGUUAUCGGCGUAUUGCUACUGGCAAUGCAAACUUUAAGCAAAAAAUCGAGCCUCUUAAGCAUCACGAAGAACUUCUCAAGUCGAUUGGGUUUGAAACAUCAGGUCUCAAUAUGGAGUGGAAAUGGCACACGGCAAGCAAAACGACCGGUGCAUAUGAUGAGAACAUUGCAAUCUUGCGUGCAGUGCUCAAAGCUCUUCAAUCUCUCUCAAGUCCGAAUGCUUGUUCAAACCUGUCUCUCGAAGAAAUUGCACAUGCCAGUCUGGACGAGUAUUUUUCUCAGCAAGACAAGAAGAAUGCACAAGUCUUGAUGACCACCAUCAAGACUUGUAGCACUGUCUCAAGUACCCAGGAGAUGCCUGUAACAGCGCAAAGCCACAAUAGUGUGCUCAACGGUGACAACGCAUUAUCGAAUUCGACAUCCACGAGUCUCGAUGCGUUUAUGGCACGACUGGAGCAGCAAACCAGCGUCGGCAAUGUCACUAACAUGGAUGUUAGUGAGACAAAGGCUGUGUCAUCUUUUUCAGCGAAUAAUGCUAGCGACGAGGAAGGAGAAAAGAUGUUGAGGUCCGCAAUAAGCUCAAUCUCUCCGUCUGUAACAAUGACACAACCUUCAUAUCCAGAGUCAUUCAAGGAAGUGAUGGAUCUUAUUCAAAAGGGCGAGACAGUACCGGGUAUUCGCGAUAUUGAAGACAAAUUGUCGAUAGAUUCCAACACGUUUCUAAACGAAGAGACAAAGAAUGACAAGACGAUGAUAAUUAUUGUAAAAUUAUGUAAAAAGCUGUUUGUUACCAAUUGCAAUGACUUUGCAAAAGGACUGAUGGCGGAGGUCUCGAGAAAUAUUGCUGCUUACGUAACCAGCAAACGGUGUGCUAUCGAGAAAGUGUCGAGGAAAAAUGCGUGUCGCCUCGAUCCGUAUCCGCCGCCUGGCAAAAUGGCCGUGUCGAGUCCCUGA